CGUUGAGUCGCUGGUAAUAGAAUAUUAUAAAUGCUAUUUCUUUAGUUGCUUAUCACUCCAGGAAUUUUGAUAACUUAGACGAACUCUGGCAUAAUGAGUGCAUCAACGAUACGAAAAUACAGUGCAUCUGUGAUAUUUUUCCAUGGUUCCGGAGAUACCGGUCCAAAUUUACUGGAAUGGGUUCGCUUUCUGCUCGGCCGAGACUUUGACCUGUCACACAUAAGAAUCGUGUAUCCAACUGCUCCCGUCCAGAAAUAUACCCCACUAAAUGGCCAGCUGUCGAAUGUGUGGUUCGAUCGGAGAUCCAUUAAUAUUGCAGCGAUGGAGAGCAAAAAGAGCAUGUCUCAGUGCUACAAUAUCGUCCAGCAACUCAUCCAGAAUGAGGUGGAUCAGGGAAUACCCCUGAAUCGCAUAAUCGUCGGUGGUUUCUCGAUGGGUGGUGCUCUCGCUCUGCACACCGGUUACCAUCUGAACACAGAUCUGGCCGGGGUCUUUGCCCUCUCCUCGUUCCUCAAUCGCCAAUCUGUGGUCUACGAAUCUCUGGCCAGUCGUGAGUCAGCCAAUGGAACUCUUCCCGAACUCCGCAUGUUUCACGGGGAGCGGGAUACUUUGGUUCCCCUCGAAUGGGGACGGGAGACUUUUGAAUCCUUGCAGAAAUUGGGCAUCACUGGCACAUUUACGCCCUUGGGAAAUACACUGCACGAAUUAAAGAAGAGCUCGUUGCUCGAAUUGCAGAAAUGGAUAUCAAUUAAGUUGCCCGCGUUACAAACUGAUAUUCAAAAUAAACUGUAAUCAAUCAAAUAAUACUAUUCCCGAGUCGAAAGCCUAAGUUAAUAACUCAUUAUGCUUAGUACAUAUUGCUAAGUAAUAAUUUUGUAAAAUAAAUAAAAAAAAAUAAUACUGUUA